CCCCCAGGUGACCGGGUCGGGAGCUGCCGCCUGGAGCCAGCUCCAGAGGUCGCGGGGGUCCUGUACUUUCGGGCUCCCCGCAUCCGACGCGAUGGCUUGGACCAAGUACCAGCUGUUCCUGGCCGGGCUCAUGCUCGUCACCGGCUCCAUCAACACGCUCUCCGCGAAGUGGGCGGACAACUUGGUGGCUCAAGGAUGUGGAGGGAGCAAAGAGCACAGCUUCCAGCACCCUUUCCUCCAGGCUGUGGGCAUGUUUCUGGGAGAGUUCUCCUGCCUGGCUGUCUUCUACCUACUCCAGUGCAGAGCUGCGGGGCACCCAGAUGCCAGUAUGACUCUCCAGCAGCCCUUCAAACCCCUUCUUUUCCUGCCCCCAGCCCUGUGUGACAUGACCGGGACCAGCAUCAUGUAUGUGGCCCUGAACAUGACCAGCGCCUCUAGCUUCCAGAUGCUUCGGGGAGCAGUGAUCAUAUUCACAGGCUUGUUCUCAGUGGCCUUCCUGGGGCGGAGGCUGGUGCUGAGCCAGUGGCUGGGCAUCCUCGCCACCAUUGCGGGGCUGGUGGUCGUGGGCCUGGCGGACCUCCUGAGCAAGCACGAUGACCAGCACAAGCUCAGCGAAGUGAUCACAGGGGACCUGCUGAUCAUCAUGGCCCAGAUCAUCGUCUCCAUCCAGAUGGUGCUAGAGGAGAAGUUCGUUUAUAAGCACAACGUGCACCCGCUGCGUGCAGUUGGCACUGAGGGCCUCUUCGGCUUCGUGAUCCUCUCCCUGCUGUUGGUGCCCAUGUACUACAUCCCGGCCAGCUCCUUCAGCGGCAACCCCCGCGGGACCCUGGAGGACGUGCUGGAUGCCUUCUGCCAGAUUGGCCGGCAGCCGCUCAUCGCCCUGGCCCUGCUGGGCAACAUCAGCAGCAUCGCCUUCUUCAACUUUGCAGGCAUCAGUGUCACCAAGGAGCUGAGCGCCACCACCCGCAUGGUGCUGGACAGCCUGCGCACCGUUGUCAUCUGGGCGCUGAGCCUGGCCCUGCGCUGGGAGGUUUUCCACCCCCUGCAGAUCCUCGGCUUCCUUAUCCUCCUGAUGGGCACUGCCCUCUACAAUGGGCUGCACCGCCCGCUGCUGGCCUGCCUGUCCAGGAGCCAGUCCCCGGCAGAAGAGGAGGAGCGUGAGAGACUGCUGGGGGGCUCACGGACUCCCAUCAAUGAAACCAGCUGAGACGCCUGUGGGACCUCGGCUGCCACCUGGAUGCUCCUUGUUCGUCCUGGGGCCACACAGGCUGGUGAGCCUUGAGGGGCCUCACCCCAAGGCCUCCCCGCUCUCUCCUCCCCACAGACACCCCCAGGGCAGCUGCUAACAGACAAUGACAGGACACCCAGGUCCUCCUGUGUCACCACCCCCUACAAGGAGGUAUUACCCAGACCCCACAAACCUGAGGUCAGUGACUGACCACCCCCUC